UAUGAUCUGCAAUGAACUUGACGUAAGAACAUCUGAUCUAAGGCGCAGUCGACGUGGGAUCUUCACCCAGGGCACACAUACAGCGAUAUGGCCAUUGCUAAUAUUAUAAUUCUCUACGCUUUGGCAUUUAUACAUAACGCCUGGUGCAGUGGUAUACCAAAAAUAAAACUCAAUGACGGCCGAGAAAUACCAAGCAUUGGUUUCGGAACAUGGCUCGGUAUCGCCAAGGGAGGACAAUCCCUGGAGCCGGUCGUAGAUGACAGUGUUCAGAAGGCGGUGGAGUGGGCCAUCGACGCGGGCUACAGGCAUAUCGACACCGCCAGCAUUUACGACACCGAAGAGCAGAUCGGUCGGGCUAUCAAAAAUAAAAUCGACAGCGGUGUGGUGAAGAGGGAAGAUUUAUUUAUUGCCACUAAGUUAUGGAAUGACGCCCACGCCAGAAACGAGGUAGUGCCCGCACUGCGGGAGUCGUUGAGGAAGAUGGGUUUGGAUUAUGUGGAUCUCUUCCUCAUACAUUGGCCUCUUGGACACUCUACCAACAUGACCUUCAACAACAUAGACUACCUGGACACCUGGCAGGGCAUGAUCGAAGCCCGGGACUUGGGACUGGCGAAGUCCAUCGGGGUGUCCAACUUCAAUAAGGAGCAAUUGGAUCGGCUGGUGACGAGCAGCAAAGUUGUACCCGCUUCACUACAAAUCGAGGUCAACCUGAACCUCCAGCAACCGGCGCUCCGCGAGUACUGCAAGGAAAAGAAUAUCUCAGUCACUGGCUACACACCAUUUGGCUCUUUGUUCCCGAACAGGGCCGGCCCCAACGCGCCCCCGCCGCGGUUCAACGACCCGGCUUUAGUGGAAAUCGCCAAAAAGUACAACAAGAGCGUUCCUCAGGUCGCUUUAAGGUAUCUGGUGGAAUUGGGCGUGAUACCGAUACCAAAGUCGACCACCAUGGCGCGUCUCCGGCAGAACAUCGACAUCUUCGACUUCGAGCUGAGCCAGGCCGAGAGGGACCUCCUGAAGAGCUACGACAGAGGAUACAGGAGCGUCGAGCUGAAGUUGUGGCAGCAGCACCCUUAUUAUCCGUUUGAGAAGAAUUAAAAAUUUAAAUCAAUAGGGUGUUUUUUAGCAAGGGAGACUUCUUAUUAAUUUCGGUGAACAAUUUUUCACUUUUAGUUCUUCAAUUUUGGUUUCAGAAAUGCUGAUGUUAACACAAAGUAUUUAAUAAAAUGCUCCCUUCAAUAUUUCGGGGUUGUCAGUUCUGGGAACUAGAAGUUGAAAGUGUAGUUGGAAAUUGCACCGAAGUUGGUCAGGGGUCGUACUUGCUGGAAAUGACUCAUGACGUUAGUAACAUUUUUUACUUGUAGAGUUGCAUCAAUUAGAUUCAGUUAUAUUUUUUAUUAUGUAUGUAAUCAUCAGAUCUUGAUCAGUUCCACGUAAACUGGUUUAGUCGGCGAUCGUGCGAGAUAUGGUAGAAGCAGAUCAAGGAGAUCUUCGUGCAGUAGGACACCAUGGCCUAUGAUUGAUCGACUAAUUGAUUGAUGUGAAUGAACAUGAUAAUAAAUCAAUAGAAGAUAAA